AUGGCUUCAUCUCAAGAUGAAGACGGAUCGAGUCACGGCAAGAACAAAAGUGUGUCGAUUGAGGAACUAAGUAAUGAUUACAUUAGUGAGCAAAUCGGGAAGGCUUUAGAGAAUUUCUCUCCAUUUAUCGUUAAAAAGUUAAACGAGACCCUUGAGGGCGCAAUGAGAGAUACUAUCGCCAUCAAGAUAAGGGAAGAAGUUGCCUCCGCGGUACAAGAAGAGUUUGAUAAACGAUUUCCAAAAGAAAAAGUACCGGAAAAACAAGACGUUGAGGAACGGCCAAAGCCUAAGAAUGAGAAGCCUUAUGAUCUUAAGAGCUUCACCAUUUCCAACCCACCCAAAUACAAUGGUGAUCCUGACCCGAUUGUGAGAACAAGGUGGGUAAACGAGGUUGAGGGAGCCUUUCGCAUCACAAAGACUCCACCGGAAUAUAAGACCUUGUAUGGGUCAAGCUUGUUGUGUGAUAGGGCAAAGCUAUGGUGGGAUGAAGAGAUUGUUAAGAAAGGUCAGGAUGCAACGAUGGGUAUGGAAUGGGCUGAUUUCAAAAUGGCCUUCUUUAAAGAGUUUCGAUCAGAAGCCGACGUGACUAGGCUUAGAAGCGAGUUCAUGAAUGACUCGCAAGGUACUUUGAAUAUUAAUGAGUUUCAGGUACAAUUUCUGGACAACGCUCAAUUUUGUCUGGAAUAUUUGAAAGACGAUCGGUUAUUAAAGGAGCAUUUUUAUCGUAAACUUCGCAAAAACAUUCGAGAGAAGAUUACGUUACUUCAAAUCGAAUCGUUUACUCAAUUGGUUGAUGUGGCUAGGUGGCAUGAGGUUGAACAAGGCAUGCCGAAUGAUGAGACCUCCAAGAGAAAGGCGGAACAAAGUAACACUCCAAACAAGAAGUUCCGGUCUAGUGGUAGUUCGGGGGGUAGUUCGAAUAGGAAGAACAUUCCCACUUGCAAUAAUUGUGGGAAACAUCAUUCCGGAGUUUGUUUAUUACCAUCUAAGAAAGGAUGUUUCAAUUGUGGCCAACCGGGUCACAUUAGCCGAGAUUGUAAGUUCUCUCCAAGCAAGCCUACCGUGUGUUUCAAAUGCUUCAACGAAGGACACAUGAAGAGUGCUUGCCCUUUGUUGACGGAGGAAGAAAGGUAA